CUUUGGGAGUCCAUAUAGUAUAAAUUAGGCAGCAGGCUGUUGUUACAGCAGCAAGUUUGGAAUAACCACAACCACAAUCAUGCACGGAAAGGUCAUCUUCUACGAGGACAGGAACUUUCAGGGUCGCACUUAUGAGUGUAUGAGCGACUGUGGUGACUUCUCCUCCUACCUGAACCGCUGUCACUCAUGCAGAGUGGAGAGUGGAUGCUGGAUGAUGUAUGAUCGUCCCAACUACAUGGGAAAUCAGUAUUUCUUCAAGAAGGGCGAGUACGCUGACUACAUGUCUAUGUUUGGCAUGAGUGACUGUAUCAGAUCUUGCCGUAUGAUCCCCAUGUACAAAGGCUCCUACAGAAUGAGGAUCUACGAGAGGGAGAACUUCAUGGGUCAGAUGUACGAGAUGAUGGAUGACUGUGACAACAUCAUGGACCGUUACCGCAUGUCUCACUGCCAGUCCUGUCAUGUGAUGGACGGCCACUGGCUCAUGUAUGAGCAGCCCCACUACAGAGGCAGGAUGCACUACUUCAGGCCUGGAGAGUACAGGAGCUUCAGCAAUAUGGGUGGCAUGAGAUUCAUGAGCAUGAGGCGUAUCAUGGACUCCUUUUACUAGAGAUUUAAUGUUUCAAUAAAAUAACUUCUAUACAACAUUAAA